CAAUCACAAUCUGAUGGAGGAAACUGAAGAACAGAAACAACAUCAUGUCAAAACUAGAGAAACAACUCACUUACAGACUGAAAGAGUUUCAUUACUGAAAAGAGACAAGAAAAAAAUCACUUGCACUCAGUGUGGAAAGAGUUUGGCAUGCAAGAUGAAUCUCAAAGUUCACAUGAGGAUCCACACUGGAGAGAAACCGUACACAUGUGAUCAGUGUGGGAAGAGUUUCACACAAUUACCACACCUUAAAACACACAUGAACAUCCACUCUGGACUGAAACUGCAUGAAUGUGAUCAGUGUGGGAAAACAUUUUCGACGGCUUCAUACCUGAAGAGUCACCUGAAAGUUCAUUCAGAGAAAGAGCAACAUUCAUGUUCUUUAUGUGAAAAGAGUUUUUUGCAUCUGAACAGCUUAAAAUUGCAUCAGAAGAUGCAUAUUGGUGUGAUAAAUUAUAUGUGCUUUGAGUGUGAGAAGACUUUUAUUACAGCCAGACAAUUGAAACUGCACCAGAGGAUCCACACUGGAGAAAAACCUUACAAGUGUUCACACUGCAACAAGAAAUUCAGACAUUCAGGAAGCCUGAACGAACAGAAGAGGAUCCACUCUGGAGAGAAAUCUUAUGAGUGUUCACACUGCAACAAGAGAUUCAGACAGUCAAUCUGUCCAACCAGCCAGAAUCUGAUGGAGGAAACUGAAGAGCAGAAACAACAGCAUGUCAAAACUAGAGAAAAAACUCACUCACAGACUGAAAGAGUUCCUUUACUAAAAAGAGACAAGAAAAGUUUCACCUGCACUCAGUGUGGGAAGAGUUUGGCAUGCAAGGAGAAUCUCAAAGUUCACAUGAGGAUCCACACUGGAGAGAAACCAUUCACAUGUGAUCAAUGUGGGAAGAGUUUCACACAAUUAUCACACCUUAAAACACACAUGAACAUCCACGCUGAAGAGAAACUGCAUGAAUGUGAUCAGUGUGGGAAAACAUUUUCGAUGGCUUCAUACCUGAAGAGGCACCUGAAUGUACAUUCAAAGGAGAAACCACAUUCAUGUUCUUCAUGUGGAAAGAGUUUUUUCCAUCUGAACAGUUUAAAAGUUCAUCAGAAGAUGCAUACAGGUGUGAGAAAUUAUAUGUGCUUUGAGUGUGAGAAGACUUUUAUUACAGCUGAACUAUUGAAACUGCACCAGAUGAUUCACACUGGAGAAAAACCUUACAAGUGUUCACACUGUGACAAGAGAUUCAGUCAGUCAGGAAACCUGAAAAAACAUGAGAUGAUCCACACUGGAGAGAAACCAUACAAGUGUUCACACUGUGACAAGAGAUUCAGUCAGUUAGAACAGGUGAAAUCACAUGAGAGGAUCCACACUGGAGAGAAACCGUAUCACUGCACUGCAUGUGGAAAGAGUUUCCGUCAUGCAUUUGCUUUAAAUAGGCAUACAAAAAACAAUCACAGUAAGUAAAUCAUAGACCCAGCACUUUCAAGUCUCAUGUUUUGUCCUCACAAAACAUGUCAAAAUAAUUCAUUGAGCAAUAAAAUCUGUCCAACCAGCCAGAGUGAGCAACAGGAAUUUCUCCCCAAGGAACAAUAUCUAAAGUUUUAUUCUUGUAAGCAACAUUGCUUUAUAAUAUAAUUUAUAUUCUUAUGCUUUAUUACAAGUUUGAUUUUAUGUUCAAAAUGUUCUUCUAAUGCAUAUUUGUAGAAGGUUUUUAUAGGUUCAAAAUGUUCUUAUUUACUAAG